UGAUGAGAUGGAGCUGAAUUGUGCAGGGUGAGGUGCCCCCACUCCUGUCACCCACCGGUUUCACUUAGGGACCCAUGAGGUCACUGGUUUCUCAGCAGUCAUCAGCACAUAGGAAACAUGAAAAAGGAACUGCAGAAAAAAAGGAGAGGAGGCAGAGAUCCCGGCAGAGAUGAAGUCAUGGUAAAUCUGCUCCCACUAUGCUGAAAAGGGACCCGACAGGGAGAGGAAGUCUGCAGAUAGUCCACGCCACCACCACAACAUGACUUUCACCACUGUACUGCAUGUCGCAGCUCUGCUCCUGCUGCAAGGGGAUUUUCCAGGAGCUGGCAGCGAAACCAUAACCCUACAGGAAGGAGAGGACCUGAACCUCCGCUGUACCCUCAGCGGUGACAGCAGAGCCAUCAGGCAGUGGCUAAACCCCCGUGGGUUUACCAUUUUCCUUGACAAUCGUUGGGCCUUAAAAGAUCCGAGAUACAAACUUACCCGUUAUUCAGAGGAUGAACUGUCUGUCAGACUCUCUAACGUAACGGUGCAUGAUGAAGGCAUAUAUAAAUGCUUCUACUACAGCACACCGUUCAAAAGCAAGAUGACAGCUGUUGAGGUGUUAGCUGCUCCUUCUAAGCCUGUACUGCAAGUAUCCCGAGACGCAGAAGGAAGCAUUACAUUAUCUUGCUAUACCCAAGGGUGUAAACCACAGCCCCAGGUCACCUGGCUGUUGGAUAAUGGAAUACAGCUUCCCGGUGACACCAGGCACAAGUUAGAAGCCAACGGGAAGAAAUGGACCACAACCAGCACCCUCACAGUCCUGGCAUAUGGGCCCAACUCAACAGCCAGCUGCCUCGUUCACCACAAAGCACUGGGAGGAGGGAAGCUGACAGCGCCUUUCCAGUUUGAGGAUGUUGCCAGGACAGUGACAAACACAACUCCUGACUCAACUACACUAGAGGUGGAUACGUAUGUCUCUGAGUAUGUGCAGCCUACAGUGACCACAGCAGAGUCAGAUCUGAACAGCAAUACAGACUUCCCUCCAACCUACCCACAACAUAAUGGGCCCAGAGCAACGACAUCAGCUGCAGCAGGAGAGCUGUCUGCUACCUCUGCUCACCACAUCCCUAACGGCACUGAAACAGCACCCAAUGCCACAGCCACAGAGCAACUUUUCAGGACAGAAGCCUCCUUCCCAAGUGAAAACGUAACUCUGAUUUCCAACAUCACCUCUGAGCAAGAUGUGAAAUCUGAAGGCAUGAGUAAGAAGGAGAAGGAUUUCCUGCUGCCACUCCUGGUGGCAGUUCUCAUUGUCGUGCUGCUCAUCAUUGUAGUGCUCUUUACAUGGAAGCUGAAGAAAGCUCAUGGAGUUUGGAAGAGAGAAAAUGAUACUUCAGACCAGACUUUGGAGAGUUAUAAAUCCAGAUCUAAUGAAGAAAGCCCAGGCCAUGAGAAGAGCAGACCAGUUGUCAAUCAGAAGUCCAACGUGCAGUAUGUAACAGAAGGAUAUGUGGAAGCAACACAGAAGAAUCCAAGCGAGAAAAACACUACAAUACCUGAGGAACAGUUUGCAUGUGGAAAAGAAACAGAUGUAUAGCAAAGAGAUCCUCCUGGCAAGCCUAUAAAAUGUACAGAAACACCA